GUUUUCUUCCGGAGCGUUUUAAACGAGGCAGCGACGCCGGCACAUUCAACCAAGCGGAGUGAAUCUGUUUACAAUGUCUGUCACUUUGCACACAGACCUCGGGGACAUAAAGAUCGAGCUGUUCUGUGAGAGGACUCCCAAAAGCUCAGAGAAUUUCCUAGCCUUGUGUGCCAGUGGUUUCUACAAUGGCUGCAUAUUUCAUCGAAACAUUAAAGGGUUUAUGGUCCAGACAGGAGACCCCACAGGUACAGGAAAAGGAGGAACAAGUAUUUGGGGAAGAAAAUUUGAAGAUGAAUAUAGCGAACACUUAAAACACAAUGUCAGGGGAGUAGUGGCGAUGGCAAAUAACGGACCUAAUACCAAUGGAUCGCAAUUUUAUUUCACCUACGCCAAACAGCCUCACCUGGACAUGAAAUACACCGUAUUUGGAAAAAUAAUAGAUGGUUUAGAAGCUCUGGAUGAGUUGGAGAAACUCCCCGUUCAUGAGAAGACGUUCCGGCCUUUGACUGAGGUUCACAUUAAGGAUGUGACUAUUCACGCAAAUCCAUUCGCUGGUUAACACUCUGUGGGUUGUCAUGAUUCAUAACGGCAGCGCUUUAAUACUGAUGUGAUUUAAUGUUUGUACAGAACAUUUGGGGACAUUUUUAAAGCUUUGUGCUUUAUUAUGUAUGUUUAUCUGUUUGUUAUUCGCAAACAGGGAUUG